AUGGAAGGAAGUUCUGCGUUCGACACAGAUAAUCAUCAAUAUCGCGAAAAAUCGCAGUUAUCACAGGGCGAUCGCGGCGUGCGCGCGUGCGACCAUGUGCUAGUGAUGCAACUGCAGUAAGAUGUCACUGUGUAACACUUUCAGGUUAUUCGCGUUAAGCUUGGCCAUUGUGUUGUCUCUCAUUGACACACCCGCGGAUACGUUUACAAUUAGUCGGCAAGGUGAUUUUCACGACGCUAUUGAGGACCUUGAUCAAGAAGAAAGUAUUAGAUUAGAAGUUAGAGAUGAUUUUACGCGGCCGAAUGACAAUGCAGAUCCUAGUAGGCUCUUAGUAAGUGAAACUGAGACAAAAGAAGUCCUUACCAUACCUGCGACAACUGCUCAUGAUCAAACGUCGGAAAAUAGUUUUGGUACAACGAAGCUGUUAGAAUUGGCAACAGAUGAAACUUCGACGGCGCAAGAAAAAGUAUCUGAUAGCACCGAGAUAAAAACAAACGAAUCAACUGAAAACAUUGGAGCAUUCACUACAGUAUCAACAAUAAAUGAUGAUCAUAUUAAUAAAAGUAUAUACGAAAAAUACGGGCAUAUAUCACAAAAUGUUACUUUAUCCCAGGAGCAGACUACUCCGUCUUGGAAGAAGUAUACAACUAUAAGCAGAAAGCCCAUAAGUAAUCACAAAAUGUCAGAAAAUAGAUCUGAGGAAAUGAUAACAGACGAAACGGGUAGUCCACUACAAGAUUCUAAACAAGGAGACAUACCAUCCCUUAAUCAAAUCAAAAGUUUUCUUUCAUUUUUCAAAUCAGAUGCUCAAAAUGACACAAUUUCUAGUAAAGAGGUAACAGAUCAAUCUGCGAUUGACAAUCUCGGACAAACACAACAAAACACACCACCGUCUACUGACAAAGAAACACCUGCUACGGUUGAAUCUAAACGCGGCGGAUUUUUAGAUUUCUCGUUAAAAUCCUUAUUUGAAGACAACGACGACAAAAAGGAUAGUUCACAAGAGCUAAACACCCAGAGACCUAAGAAUAGGAAAUUAAGUUGGCGGAUUGGAUCGAGAUAUCGAAGUAAAGAAGAUAGUUCAGGUGAAAAACAAGGUAGGCUCAGGUUUAGAUUUAGGAACGAUGAUGAUAAGAAUAACAAUGAUCGUAAGAAAGAUAAAAAUGAAAUUAAAACUAUCCAAGAAAGUCAAGAGGAAAUCAAUACAAAAAAUAAGGAUACCGACUAUAAGGAGGAAACAAACAAAAAUUCUAAUAAUAAUAACGAAAAAAACAACGAUGAAAGACAGAAAGAAUCAUCAGCGGAUUCCAAAAGUAAAAAUAAGAGCAAAGAACAGCGCACUGAAGAGAACAUAAAUAGCGAUGUUAAAGAAAAAUCCCGUGAUAGAAAUGGCUCUAAGACUGAUCAGCAAAUAUUGAAAGAAUGGCAAGAAUUUGAUCAAAAGCAAGGAAGAAAAGAUAAUAUAAAAAUAAAAGAAUCUAUAGAAGUAGUUUUUGAUGACAAUAAAAAUAACGAUAAAGAUUCAAAAAACAAAGAAUACCUCCAAUCGCUCCAAAUGGAUAGUAAAGAUACUUCACGAGAAAGCAAUAAAAAAGAAAACAGCAUGAUAGAAAAUAUUAAACCAUACAGAGAAGAAAAAGAACAGGUUUUAAAUAUAUGGAAAAUUGAUUCUAAAGAAGAUUAUGAUCGAUAUCGAUCCCGACAAGGAAAUGAAAAAGGAAUUUCAAAAGGCAGGGAUAAUGACAGAAGAAGCGAUAAUAAAGGUGAAUACAGAAAUCGUGAAAAUCAGAGUUCAGAAAAAGCGGUAAAUGAGAAAAAUGAGGACAGAUAUCUAUCUCGUACGAGAAAUGAAAAAGAAAGAGAUAAUGACCGACGAAAUGAGAAAUCUGAAAGAUAUAAAGAGGAAAGAAAUCAUAAUAAUAAAAAUUCUGAGAAAAUAAUAAACGAAAAAGAUGAAUCAAGAUCUGAUAAUAAUGAUAGACGGAAAGAAAAUUCCAGAAUUGAAGAUAGAGAUAAGAACAUAAGAAAUGAAAGACCAGACAAAUAUAACGAGGAAAGAUAUCGUGAUAACAAAAGUACUGAAAAGAUAAUGAACGACAAAGAUGGAGAUAGAUCUCGUUCUCGUUUAAGAAACAAAGAUGAGGAGUCUAAUAGUAAUAAUAGAAGGAAAGAAAAUUCUAGGGACAGAGACAAUAACAGAAGAAAUGAAAAUUCUAGGGACAGAGAUAACAAUAGAAGAAAUGAAAAUUCUAAGGAAAUUAUUCGUGAUAAUAAAAGUUCUGAAAGGAUUAUGAACGAGAAAGAUGAAUCCAGAUCUCGCUCUCGCUCACGAAAUGAAGAGGAAGCAUCUAAUAGUAACAACAGAAGGAAAGAAAGUUCUAGAAAUGAAGAUCGAGAUAACAAUAGAAGAAGUGAAAGGCCAGAAAAAAAGAAAGACGAAAAUAGAUCUCAAUCUCGUUCGAGAGACGACGAAGAAUCGACUGGUACGUACAGAAGGAAUGAAAAUUCUAGAAGCAGGGAAAACGAAAGAAUUCCUUCUCAAUCAAGAAAUGACAAUGAAAAAGAAAAUUAUAACAGAAAAUUUGAAUCAACCGAUAAAAUAGACAAAAAGUUGCAAGAAUAUAAUAUUGGAAAAAGUAACACGGAAAGGAACAGAGGCGACGUGAUAAGACAAAAAGGAGAUACCAUCAAAACUGUUGAAAUUAAUAAAAGUACAUUAAAAAUCGAUGUCGAUACAGUUAACAAGAUACCACCCCAAACCACAAUUCAAGAAGAAUUUAAUAAUAAAUCAAACCAAGACGAAGGAAGUGAGUUUAAGCAAUAUAAACAAGCACCGAUGUUAGAUGAAUAUAGCAAAAAGUUCCUAUCAACGAUUGAAGAAGAGGAUGAAUCUGAGACACAGGGUCCAACUGUAAUCGAAAAUGAAAACGUCACUUCUAAAACAAAGCAGACAGAACAGCAAAACAUUGUUGCAGUGAAGUAUCCUUCUGAUUUUAAGUUGAACGACAUGGAAACGACACAAAAUUUAGAACCCAAUGAACCUUAUAAAUUAACAUCUAUUUCUAUUCCUAAUUCAAAUGAAGAAAUAAAAGACAAAGAAAAUGAUGGUGUUUAUCUAACGACGCAAAACGAUUCGAAAUCUAAGAUCUCAUCAACUCCUGAUUAUAAAAUUCGAGAUUAUAGUAGAAUUGUCUUUAAGGACGAUAAAGAUGAAGAACGUAAGGAAGGCAAUAAGUACGAGAAACAAACAACAUUCCAACCUUAUCCCACACUGUCUGAGGAACGCACACCUGAAAAUGGUGAAUAUGGAAAUAAACAAAUUAAUGUUAAACAAACAGGAACUUUUAUACAAAUGAAUGAAGAUGAUAUAAGAGAAGAGUUUUUAAAAGAAGAUAGGAUAAAUAAUUAUGAGGAAAAUAGAGAGAGGUAUCAAGGAGAUCCUGUUGAAACUACAACAAUGCCGCAAUCUACAAUUCCGGUUAAAAUCUAUGAAGUUAGUAAGCCAGUUGUGAAAGAUACAAGUGAUGAAAAAUUAAGUGUUAAACCAUUGAGUAUACUAGAAAAGUUAAAAACUACAAUUUUGUAUCCCGUAAGUCCAAACUAUAAACCCCCCAAAAAAAUAGAAGUGCAGCCGCCCAAAACUUUUGUAAGAGACCCCGAUGAUAACAGUUGGCGAAAUGAAAGCCUCAGUUCACUGGGAAUUGUUUUCAAUCCGAAGAACUCCUCAAAACCUUUCACUCAAGUCUUAAAAAAUAAGACUGAGACGGAAUGGAACAAUUUGCUUGAGAGAUCAAACAAAAACGAGACGCCGGAUCUAAGAGAAAGAUUGGAAAAAAUAGCAGAGAUAAGAAAAACAAAGAAGAAAAAGACAGACGCAUUUGGUAAUGUUUAUUAUAAUGAUUAUGAAGAUGGAAAUUCAAAAGAAAACGUUUUAUCAAACGAAAACUACUCAUCUGUCUCCACGGAAUCAUACAGAACAUCCACAACAAAGUUAAUAACGGAAAUUACAACUACAACACCGAGACCUACGACUACCAUAAGCACUCAAGCUACUACAACAAAGACCACUCAAGCUCCUACUACCGUACAGGCACAAAUCGAUACUACAACUACCAAACCAAAAGCUACGACUGAGAAAACAAAGAAAGUGUUUAAUGUUGCGGAAUAUUAUGAUUCCUCAGACGAAGACGACGCGGACUACUUGUCGUUGGCCAAAUUAGAUUUGAAAAAGUAUACCGUUCCAAUCCAGAGUACCACAGAGGUCAAUACUCCCCCGCCUUGGCCCGUAACUAACAACAGAUAUGUUCAUAACAAACAUGAUGAUAGACAACCCACUCUUCAAUAUUUCCCACCUUUGACUACGCAGAAGGCUACGUUUAAAAACAAGGGAUAUGACGAUUACAACCAUAAAAUGAAUGCUUAUACGGAUGCCGCUCCGCCAACAAAUGUUCUUCCAGUUUCCUAUCCAAAGAAAACAACUUCUCUACCGAAAGCUCGCAAGGAAAAUAUGUUUACUCCAACUUUAAAAAGUACUUUUAGAAACUCUUUUACAACAAAACCAUUCCAAUAUGAGAAAGAUGUCUACAUAACACCCGCUCCUGAAAUAAAUGCAGGCAAAGAUGCGUAUACGUUCGUCACCGACGAUGGAAGCUUCAACAAGGCAUCUGAUGUCAUAAAGAAUUACAGAGACUUUUUAAAUGCCGUGGCAAAAGAUCACGAGGAAGAUAAAAAUGUAGAUUAUAUUCAAUAUACGAAAAUUCCAACUCAAGGUGUAACAUUGAAUGAUGCUUUUAUGCCACAAACAAAAACAAAGCCAGAUAUUCCCGAAAAUUAUGACUAUGAUACUGAUUACAAAAAAGACGUGUUGCAACGAUUCGUGCAUAAUUUCAACGAAAAUAGCGAAAGAUUCAAAUCGAAUUUACCGCUCUUGUACAACAACAGUAUUAUCCACAGCGAAUUACACGGAGAGCACGGCAGAGAUGUCGCUUCGUCAAGGGCUUACUUGAGCCGACUUCUGACUCGACCCGCCGGCGACUGUGAGAACAACUCCACGGUGGAACUUUCCCCGGCCUACGAGCUGCACUACUACGUGCCGGAGCAGGAAGAGAAAGAAGAAUUAGACCCCAAGUCGGUCACGCUACCGUACCAAUACCAGUUGUAAAUCCUAUUCGGACAUGUUAUGUAAAUAAUAAAUGUAGUUUAAGUUAGGGCGAUGAAUUAUCUGCAAUAACAAAGCGAGCAGAUACCGUGUUACAACAGUGCGUUAUUUGUAGUCAUGCGGAACCAUUAAUACCAUUUCGACGGCAAUGUGUACAUUAUGAAAAACGAUGCCAACCAAGUGUGUUAUAAGUUAAUCCUUCACAUUAAUUAAGUUUGUAGUUAUUGAUAUAAUGACCGUUACUACACGUUAAAUUGGUGAUUAUAUAAUAAAAUUUCGAUUAAUUAAUUAUGUCGUAUUGAGCCAAAGAUUUAUUGUUAUGUAAACAAUUGUUUUAAAGAAUUGUAAGUUUUAAGUUAAAAAUUGAUAUCUGUUAACUGUUUGGUAUAGAGAACUUUCUACGUGAUUAUUAUGCACGUGCGUUUCAGCUCAGAUAAUUGAAUAUUGCAGUAAUUUGAAGGGUAGGGACAGUGAAAUGGUUGUGUUCUGUGACUUUGUGAUAAGAAUAAAUAUGUUGUACAAA